AUGCAAUUAAAAUAUUUCAUAUAUGAUAUCUUGGCAGUGCUGUCACUGCUAGCCUAUGCAGCAGCUGGUAAUUACCAAGACGAAUAUGACGCCAAACAGCAGUCUACCGAUCGAUUGGUCUUUGCACACUUCAUGAUUGGAAUCGUCAGCGACAGGAGAAGCGCCUCGGACUUUGAUGACGAUAUGAGACGAGCUAAAUCCCUUGGGAUCGAUGCAUUUGCUCUGAACAUUGGAGUGGACCCAUACACCGAUCAGCAGCUUCAGCUCGCUUACGAUUCUGCCGCGAAUAACGAUAUGAAACUAUUCUUAUCUUUUGACUUCAACUGGUGGCAUAUCGAGCAGGCUUCCGCGAUCGGUCAAAAGAUAUCCCAAUAUGGCAGCAAGCCUGCGCAACUUAUGGUGGACAACAAAAUCUUUGUUUCAUCUUUCGCUGGAGAUGGUUUGAAUGUUGCGGCACUGCGUUCGGCCGUUGGAAGAUCCAUUUUCUUCGCUCCUAACUUUCAUCCCUCUUACGGGACGGAUUUAUCUCCAGUGGAUGGGCUCCUGAAUUGGAUGGCUUGGCCGAACAAUGGAAACAACAAGGCCCCAACCCCGGGUCACAAUGUUUCUGUCGCAGACGGUGAUAAUGUCUAUGUCAAUGCCUUGGCUGGAAAGGCCUAUAUAGCCCCUGUUUCUCCCUGGUUUUUCACCCAUUUUGGACCCGAGGUGUCAUAUAGCAAGAAUUGGAACUUUCCGUCCGACCUCCUUUGGUACAAUCGAUGGAAUGAGAUUCUUUCUCUGAAACCACGUUUCAUCGAAAUCGUUACCUGGAACGACUAUGGAGAAUGCCACUACAUCGGCCCCUUGAAAUCACCUCAUACCGAUGAUGGGGCUUCGAAAUGGGUCAAUGACAUGCCUCACGACGGAUGGCUCGAUAUCUCGAAGCCAUAUAUAGCCGCGUUCAAAGCGGGUGACUCGUCUCCUACCAACUAUAUAUCAUCAGAUGAAUUAGUUUACUGGUAUCGACCGACACCUCGAGGGGUGGAUUGCGAUUCCACUGAUACCUGUAUGGUGGCAGCAAACAAUGGAAGUGGUAACUACUUUAUCGGUCGACCGGAUGGGUGGCAGUCCAUGGCAGACUCUGUAUUUGUGGUAUCACUGCUCACAGCUCCAGCUACUGUGAAAGUCAACAGCGGUGGCAAUAUCUACAGCUGGGAGGCACCUGCAGGUGCAAGCUCUCAGGAAGUUCCAAUGGGAGUUGGCUCACAAAGCUUCGAAUUGAUCCGUGGUGGUCAGACUAUCUUAUCCGGUACCAGCUUAAAGGAGAUCAUAAGCGGAUGUGUUUGUGGUCUUUACAAUUUCAACGCUUACGUGGGAACUCUGCCGGCCGGGUUUAGCGAUCCACUUCAACCGGAUGGGCUUGCUUCCUUCAAACAGGGUCUGCAUGUUGAUUGCCAGGCAACUCCAUCGCUAGGUACUACCCCUUCUAUACCAACCUGGACAUUCAUCUCCUGA